AUGCCAGCUGAACAGUUGCAUUCCUUCAAGGAGCAAGUUUGCAGCAAUCACGGCAAUUGGACAACGCCCAAAGGACUUCAGGGGCAAUCCUUCCAACACCCUCGAUGGCUUCAUCCAGAUCGAUGGUCCCAGACGGCUGUUUCUGAAACACAUUCGGCUAUCCGCUGGCAACCCUACCUCGUAUAUGCCGACAUCCAAAGGCCUGGCUCAAUGGCGCUGAAAGGUAAGAAGCACGAUAAAGGCAAGGCAGCUGAUACGCUGAAGUCAACCUCACACCUACAGUCGUCUCAGGCGGUAGCACAACCGUCAGAGGAGCCGCGAAUACCACUGGAACUUCAACAACUGAUGCUCAAUGUCUUUAGAGAGGCUUUGCCGAUACCAGCAGACAGCAACCUUAGGCAGAUCAUUCAAGUUGUGAAAAGCCACCUCUACAAUCGAGACUUUGCCAGUGCUUUUAGUGCGGAACAGCUUUUGAAUGUCUAUGCACUUCGUUGGAGUGCCAGCCGGGCUCUGGCAUAUGCUGACAUAUUUGUUGAGUUUGACGUGAAACAUCGCUGGCUCGGAGACCGGAUCACGAAUGUACCCGACCAAGCGCAAGACCCUGGCCUGGCCCAGAUUCUUUGCGUGGGGGGAGGUGCUGGUGCAGAGAUCGUUGCCUUAGCUGCCAUUGGCAACAUCUUCCCUAUGUUGCAGCUGUCUAUAACCGCUGUUGAUGUCGCAGAUUGGUCACCCGUGCUUAGCAAACUCACUGCCACAGUCACCAAGUCUCCCGUACUCUCGCAGUAUGCCAGUGCUGCUAAGGUAGAUGCUAAUCGAGCAUUGAUUGCUCCGGAGAGAUUUCAUGUGGAGUUCAAGCAGCACGAUAUCCUGGAAUGCUCAGUGGAGGAGUUACGGCUUCUGGUCGCAGAAUCGUCGCUUGUGACUAUUAUGUUCACCCUAAAUGAGUUGUUUUCUGCUUCCACCGCCAAGACCACCGCUUUCCUGUUGAAUCUUACCGAAAUCAUGAAGCCGAAAAGCUGGCUCCUGGUGGUCGACAGCCCUGGUAGCUAUUCAGAGGUGACCUUGGGCAAGGGCAAUGGACCCAAGCGAUACCCCAUGAAAUGGCUAUUGGAUCAUACACUGCAGAAUUUGGCAGGGAGUGAAGAGAAUGAGACCGGAAAAUGGAAGAAACAGGAGGCUGAUGACUCGAAGUGGUUCCGACUUAAUGACAAAUUGAGGUAUCACGUCGAGUUGGAGAGCAUGAGGUAUCAAUUCUACGUAUAUCAAAGGCAGGCGGAAGGUCAUCAUCCUGGCGGCAAUGUUUCCUGA